AUGGCCAAUCGACGUGAUAGUGGGCUUGCCAAAGUGACCUCCAAGUCCGAAGCGACAUACAAAGCAGUUCAGGCCACUCUCGAUGGAGUGACCUCGAAUCCUGAGACAGGAGUUGCUGGCCUGGUCUUUGCAGCGAUCAACAAAGAUGGCGACAUCCUAACAGCCAAUGCGUCUGGCAACCGUGGACUAGACACUAAGGAGCCAAUGACCCUGGAAACCACUUUCUGGAUCGCGAGUUGCACCAAGAUGAUUGCUACGAUUGCUGUCAUGCAGUUGGUAGAGCAGGGCAAGCUUGACCUUGACGACCACAAGCAGCUGUACAAACUCUGCCCAGAACUGGAGAAGGUGCAGGUGUUGACUGAUGAUGGAAAGCUGGUAGACAAGGAGGCUGAGAUUACGCUGAGGAUGUUGUUGUCGCAUACUGCAGGCUUUGGAUACGAGUUCUUCAACACCAAGCUUAGGAACUACGGUCGUCCUGUCGGCUUCGACGUCUUCACUGGUGACCCGGCCGAGGUUCUCAGGAUGCCUCUGGUCAACCAGCCAGGUAGCAGAUGGGAGUACGGCAUCAACAUCGACUGGGCAGGCAUCGCACUCGAAAGACAAACCGGCAUGAGUCUAAACGACUACAUGCAACAAAACAUCCUCAAGCCUCUUGGGAUCCACAACACAAACAUGUUCCCCACCAAGGAGAUGAAGUCGAAUAUGGCGUCCAUGCACCAACGCUGGCCAGGUAGCCAGAAGGCUGUAGAAAGAGACCAUGUAUACCGCAGACCAUUAGUCGCCGAAGGGAAAGAAGAGCAAAGCAGAAUCCUGUGCAGUGGUGGUGCUGGCCUCUUCUCUCGUCCCACAGAGUACGUCAAGGUGCUUGCCGCCUUGUUGAACGACGGCACGUGUCCCAAGACGAAGCACCAGAUACUCAAGCCAGAGACAGUGAAGCACAUGUUCGAGAACCAAAUUCCUCAGAUGCCGGGCUUUGGUCGUCGUGGCAUCCCCGAUGCAAAGCCAGAGCACACGAACCCGCUGGGAGACCUAUACCCACAGGGUGAUGUUGCACAAGGAUGGUGCCUCAGCGCCAUGUUGACCAUUGAGCCAGGAGUCACAGGACGUGGAAAGAACACUGCAUUCUGGGCAGGAAUUGCCAACUUGUUCUGGUGGGCGGAUCGUGAGAAAGGUGUUGCUGGUAUGAUUGCUUCUCAGGUCAUGCCUUUCGGCGACCCCAAUGUAAUGGGUGCGUGGUUUGGAGCAGAGACGGCGGUGUAUGACAACUUGGGUGCGUAA